AAUUAGCACGGUUCUGACACUGACUGUGCAUUCGCAGCGACAUGGCCGUCUUCAUGAUUAACAUCUGUAAAUUUAAUGACUGUGGAAUUAUAUUUCCAAGAUUAACACAACUUAUUGAACACAUCGAGGAUAUUCAUAUAGAUUACGAUCCGGAGGUGGUAGAGCAGAAAGAGGCUUCCCAGCCGUCAUGCAUCCCACUAAGUUACAUUUUGAAAUAUAUAUCAGAAGCGUCAAGACGCGAAAAUCACAAUGCACCUCCUGUUCCGGAGGUCCGCCGGCGUUUACUCUCCGCACCCAAAACACCAUCAGUGCGCAGCAGUACACCCACAGGAAGUGAAAUGGAUGAAGACGAGGCAGGUACUCAUUCAGAGGACAGUAAUGACUCAUGGACAACGGUAGAAGAGUACAGCUCUGAGUUCAUAUUGCGUUACGGGAUGAGAAUGAAUCCAAACGCCUUGUCCGGGGCUUUGGGUCCUGUCGCUCAAGAGAAGCCAUUUGCUUGCCCAGUACCUGGCUGCAAGAAGCGAUACAAGAACGUCAACGGCAUCAAGUACCACUCUAAGAACGGUCACAAGAAGGACGGCAAGGUAAGAAAGGCUUACAAAUGCCAGUGCGGCAAAAGUUACAAAACCGCCCAAGGAUUUAAGAGCCACUCCAUAUCGCAACACAUCGCCAAUAGCACAGUGCUGGCGGUCCCAUCAGAGCUGGUCCGGCCGGCGCAGAGAAUGCCCGCCGUCGUGGUGACGGCGUCGGGCUCUCGUCCGCACCACGGCCCCGACGGAGCUGACAGCAACAAGCUGGUUCGCAUCUAUGACACACUAAAAAACAAAGAUCUCUCAUCGUUUACCAUCACUAAAAGUAAUCUCGGCAUCAAUGUCCUAUCGAAGCAAAGUCAUUUACGUCACGGUCUCCCGUCGUCUCACUCCCCGCCCGUUACGAGUCUCGUUGAGAAAAAUGUCGACGCUUAUACUAAAGUGACGGUGCAGAGCGCCCAACAGGUUUACGCACAGUCUUUCACUAAUGAGACGGCCAAUUAAUUUAGAACCUUUGCGAUCGAAGCGAAUUCAAAACGCAGGUUCGAAUACACAGUUCCUAAUAGUUUUGUUUUUGUUCAGAUUUAUUUAGCUAACGUAGGUACAUAGACUAUAGAGGUCGUCAAAUGUAUUAUUGCUUACAUGAAAUUUAGCUUUCAUAAAAUUUUCUAGCACAAAAAUGUUCUGUAGUAAUGCUCCGCAAUUUAUUUAUUUUCACGUUGACAUUAGAUUAGUUGUAUUUAUUUUAGUAUUAUUUGUGAUUGUUGUUAAUAUUUAUUUGAUUUAUUUGCAUGUUUUUUUUCAUCUGUAAUUAGUCUAUGGAAAAGGCUGUGGGAGAAAUGUUUAAUUGGCGUAAACGAUUGGUUUAUAAAAUCGAUCUAUUUGUAGUUUAGAGUUGGGGUGCGUUCGGAUAUACAUGAAAGUAUUUUCCUGUCGCAAUAAGAGAGUGGGACGGGAAUGUUUUGUUCGCAAAUUUUUUUUUCGUAUGAACGCACUAAUCGCACCUUUUAAAAUUCAAUACGAAAUUUUUCAGUAUCGAAAGUGUGUUUUUUAAUAAAAGAUCUUUCUAAUCUUCUUCUAUUUUUAACAAAAGUCUUCCUAAUAGUAAACAAAUGAUAAAACACUUACUAACAGCAAUAACGUACUAGGUUCCUCGAAAUUAUAGUUUUAAAAUUUCUUUUUAAAAUAUUUUUGAUUCUGGUAACAAUAUUUUUUUUCUCUUCGUGCCAUACUUUGUGGCAUGUACUUAAAAUUAUCUAUCAAAAUCGCUUUAGAUUUAUAGAUAAACGUUGUAAACACACCCUCGGAAUAAAUUAUUUAAAAAAAGUCAAAAAAAUAGUGAACCGCACUUAGUAUCGGUAUGCUACAGUAAUGAACGUUAAUGUGAUAAAAUAAAAUAAAAAAUACAAAAAAAUAAGCUUAACUGCAUAAUCUAAUUUUAAUACACACUAAAUGUAUACAUAUAAGAAUGUCAUUUUAUGUGACUUGUGUAUUUUUAUUCAGUGCCUUUUUCUUUUAUACUGUGGUAAAUUAUAUGAAGUGCUUUUUUUUUGUUUUGUUGGUAAACAUUUUAUAGUUUUCGUGUUUGAAAAAACAAACAAUUCUUACCAAUGAAUUAAAAAUAUUUAAUACAAAAUUUACAUUUUGCGCAAUUGGCAAUACAGAAAAAAGGUUGUCACACACACAAUGCCCAUCCCUUAAGAAAAUAUCCAUGUACUUAGUGAUUAAAAUUGCAGAGGUACGAGUAUUACACAAAAUAAAAGAAAAAUGAGUUUUGUUUUAAAAAUAAAGAUUCUCAUAAAAAUGGAAUUAAAUUUAAUUUAAGAACCGUUUGACGUGUGCUUAAUUUUUUUUAUUGCGUAACCAAAGUUUUUAGAAUAUAAGUAAACAUUCAUAUGUAAUGCUUACACGAGCGUAUAAUGAUAAAAUUUAAUUUUAUGUCAGUGGUUUGAAUACGUUUUAGAUUUAGAUAAAAAUUAAUGCACGUUCUAAAAAAUAUUCUCAUGUCCUUUUACAUACUUUAUAUGUUUUGUCCGCACUUGAUUUGUAUUUUUUUGUUACUAAUAAUUGAAGGAUUAAAAAACAAAUCUCUCAGGAAGCCAAGAUUGUUUUGAUUGAAAAUAACAAUUGGGAAUAGGGAGUGUAAAGUUGGGACCAUCUGUCCCUUUCUGUUUAACAAUUCGAUCACAGUACUCUUGGAAUAUCGAGUAUAUGUGUUUAAUAGCGCUGACGAAAUUUACGAAGUAUUCAAAAGGAUUAUUUAUUUUAAUUAAACAAAUCUAAUGAAUAGUGGUUUCAACUUCAACAAUAAGCACAAAAAAGCGUCGUCUAUUUCAUGUUUGGCGAAUAAAAUUCUUUGCGCAUUUCUGUUGCAAAGCAGUUUUUCAUUCUGUGUGCUUAGUGCGAGUUAUUUAACGUUCUCGAUAACGUAAAAGUUAGGUCAUAUUUGUAUGGGAUGGGAUCGUUCGCCUACGUUUGCCGCUAGGGGCGCUGUUCCAACCGCAUACAAAAUUGGGUUAACUUUUACGCUAUCGAGAACGUUAAAAAACUCGCACUAAACACACUGAUUUGAAGGGAGAGAGGAUCAAUAAGAUUUACAGUUCGAUCUCAUAUCUAAUGGGAUCCGGGCGGCGUUCUAAGUGUGAUUAACGGGUAACAAAAACUUUGAUGUUAAAAAAAAAUCGAUUAAUGUGUUCUCUUUGAUUUGAUUACUACACACGCUAUUGUCAUGUAUCCGAUGUAAUCAAUAUCUUAUUUCAAGGAUAUCAAAGUAUUUCAAGAUAUUACUAACAGAGAAUGUGAUUUUUUUAAAUUUCUUAUUCGAAUAUCCGUAGCGUGGAGAGGUUUUUUUUAUUAUUAUUGCCCUUGUAGGCAGACUAGCGUACGGUUUACCUGAGGCUGAGUGGUUGCCGUCGCCCAUGGACUUCAGCAAUGCCAGGGGCAGAGCCAGGCCGCUGCCUACCAAGGCUUAGGAAGCUGGGAGGAAAUUGGAAGAUUACCUAAAAUUGUAAUAAAAAAUAUAAAUUUGACUAUUUUUCAAUUGAUGUAGGUUGCACGAUAACAACGGUUUUGUAAUAAUUGCAACAGUUGCAAAUGUGAACACGAUUGAAUCGAAAAAAAAAAAACAAUACAAUGUUUGUGUAAUUUUUUAUAGGCGAUGGGUGAGAUAGAGGUGCUAAUGAUGGUAAACGGGGUGUUAUUGAAAACGAAUAUAAGUAUUUUCUACAUUGUUGCAAUGCAGAACAUUGAACGUGUCAAACCGCACAGCAAUUAGUACGGUGAUAGUAUCAGGAAAGAUGUGCUGAUGUAACUUUAAAAAUAAAUUUUUACUACAUAAGUUUUGAAAUAAUGUAAAAGUUCCUAUUUUAUAAUAAAUUGAUGGGUUUGGCAUGUUCAAGCACAUUUCACUGGAGGUGCUUAACGCGACAUAAGCGUCAAAAGUCGAAAACGAAUGUUUGCAUGUAUCAAAGUACCAAAGAAAAAUGAUAGUUCUAAAAAAUGAUAUACGCUUAUUUAUUUUUCAUUUAUAAACUCAGGGAUUGAGUUACAAGACGGGCAGUACUUUUUCUAAGACAUAUUUAAAAUAUAAAAAAGAAACAAAUCGAGUGAUUUUCCCUAUUAUAUGUGUAUUUCGUGCUCUAAUUUUUAUGCGGUCGUUGAGAGCUCAAUCCGAACGUAGAAAAGUAACAAAUGCAAAAAAAUAGUCUAGAGAGCGUGGGACCGCUUUUGCAAAUCAAUGAAAUUGCAAUAAGAGCUUUUUUUAGACAACAAGAUGUUGUUUAGUAAAAUUUCCAGCAAUGUCCUCAGUUAGAAUUAAAUUCCGGUUAACCAUCCAGAUUGAGUCUUUAUUUAUUAUGAAAUAUUGCAUGAUGUAUCAUGAGAUAAUUAAGUUUGUGUUCGUAACAGAGGUCUGAUCAUUACCAAAACCAAUUGAAAACUCUUUUUUGUAUCGAUUGAACUGUAAUUUACAUUUAUUAUUGUUGUCUUGGCUUAUGAUAAAAAAAACGAAUAUUUUUGAGUUUUCUUUCGUUAUAACUUUCAUCUUAUUGUAUGGUAAUUUGUUUUAGUUGACUUUUGUUGUUGAUGUUCUUAUCGAUCUAACGAGAUUAUUCCGAAUGCGAAAAAUGAACGAUAUUCGUUUUUAUUUUAUCGAUGGUAACAUUAGACUAACCAGCUCGAUCCGCAUCCCUUGAAUUUAGUUAAUAUCUUAUAGCUAAUAAUUACGUUUCUUAUGAAACAGCUCAUAUUUAUGAUAUUUUUGGCUUGUGUUCGCAGUGAACGAUGUUAGUCAUGUUUUAUGAAGACUGAUAGUUGUCUUUGUGUUUUAGAAUAUUGUUUUCGUUUAUAAGGGCGAAGACAGACAUGUGCUUACUUACAUGCUGACUGAGGCUUAAAUAGCUAGUCGAAUGCAAAGGUUUUUUUAAAGUUUUAAUUCAAUAUUUUCAUUGACAGUGUUAAUACACAAUAUUUUAAUGUUUAUUAUAAACGAAUAAUUCUUUGCUUGAAAGAUACAUAUCAAAUGUUCUGUAUUAACGAUACUCAAUUUGUGUACUUGUAGUCCGGUAUCAGUCUCAACUCUGAAGGUUCCUUAUUAAAAUAAUGGAUACAUUUGUUAAUUAAAUCUUCAUUUAAUUAAUAAUUUCAACUAUUCUUACUGUACUGUAUUGUACUUCUAGCAAUAUGUUAAAUACGAAGGAGUAUGAGCUAUUCACGAACAUAUGGCUCUCUCUGUCGCACGCCCGCGCUUACUGUUGAUGACGUCAUUUGUGCGUUUUCUUUUGCUUAGAGCAUACUCAGGCGCGUAUAUACAAAUAUUGAAAAAAGAAGGAAAGUUAACAUCCUAACUAUGCAUCAUAUCAGACAGAAAAGUUAGAAGCCUUCGUUAAGCUCGAAAAUACGCUUUUAAGUAUCUCAAUAAUUGUAGUUUUGUAGUUUAAAAGCAGAAACUGUAACGACUUUUGCGUUGAUAAAAUUGAAGGUUAUCAAUUUUACCGAUGCGGCAGUAUUUAUGGGGAUGUGCAAUGUAUCUCUUUUGUUAUACGGGUGGCCACCAUUGGGAUAUGUUGGGGAAGCGUUUAAAAGACCUAAAAUAUUCCGUAAUUUUUUUAUUACGUUUUUGAGAUUGGUUGUGAACAACAAUUUCCCUUGGUGCGAACUUCACAUGUGUAAAAGACAUUAAAAGAAUUACGUUAAUUUUUGCAGUGGUUUCCUUGAUUUUCGCAAAGUGAUGACUUUGACUAGAAUGAUAUAUUUUAUUAAAUUCAUCGACACAUAAUAUCUCUUGCACUUAAAAUGUCACUUGAACAUUGUUUUGCAAUGCAAUAUUUAUUAUCUAUAAUAAUAUAAUGUAACUAAGAUACGGCUUGUCGAUGUUUAGAAAUUUGUUGUUGUUGCUAAUUAUUAUUAUUUCUAAUAUUAGAGCCGACAUGUUUGUAAUCUUAUCUGAAUUUGGUGGAUCAGAAUAUCGAUCAUAAUUUGUAUUGUAUUUAAAAAAGAAAUAUGUUUGUUUACAUCACACAGUAAAACGCAAUGAUGACAUA